UCCCGUUAGCCUGAUGGGUGCAAGGAUGCUGCCAAUGGAACAUCUUCACCUCGAGCAUGUUCUGCAGACUGUAUGUGUAUUAGAGUCAGUCAUCCUCCGCAGUUUUGGUCCUGAAGGAGGACAGGUGCUCCUCACCCGAGACACAGGACAAGCAAUGCUGAGCCGUAGUGGGACACGCAUUCUCACAGCACUACGACUGGAGCAUCCCUUGGCCAGGAUGGUGGUGGAGUGUGUCUUGAAACACAGCACUGUAACAGGCGAUGGAUCCAAGACCUUUAUCGUACUCUUGGCGUCUUUACUACGGAUGAUUCAUACAACGGCCUGCAAGGAGGCUAGUGUGUCUCACACCUAUAACUCCAGGGAAGCAGCAGAGGCUGCCACAGCCGCCCACUUAGCUGGCGAACUGCUGGCAUUUGGGUUGCAGGAGUUAGUUGAUCUCAUUGCCACGGGAGUGGUCCCGUACGGAUGCUAUCUGUCGUGGGAAGACUUUGCUGCAAAAACACAAUUGCCAGCUCACACAAACAAUCACUGUGUUCAAAAGCUGCUGGCAUCAUUUUUUCAUUCGCGUCUUGGUCGCACCCAGUGUGACUUUAUUAGCAACCUCACCUGUGAACUGCUCACACAUUGGAAAUAUAAGAAUGAUCAACCUACCUUAUCACUUCAGUUUAUAAAUGACAACUGGCCUGCAUUGCAUACACCUGUGUUAGGCUUCCCUAUUACUUGUUCACGUUUGAUUGAGGGGCAGGUCAUUCACAGGGACUUUGCUACGGCCUGCCCUCAGACUGACCACCAGCCAGUUAGAGCUGUAGUUUUCACUGAGUACCUACAGCCAAAAUUGCUCAGUGCAGGAGAAGUGCUGGAGCUGGGAUGCAGAGAGCCAGGGACUGAGGAGAAUUCAAGGCAGGAGGGGAGCAUUGUGCAGUUUAACGCCUGGGCAGAAAGGUCACUAGAGUGUGUCAUUGCAAACCUGCAGAGUUUGGGGGUCUCUGUGCUUCUGUCUGCAGUCAAACAGUCUGCAGCUGUCCUAGCCUUGGCUGCACAGGCAGACAUGUGCAUUGUGGAUUGUAUCAGUGAAGAUGAAUUGUCUCUCUUCGCCCAGCUAAGCGGGGCCAGACCUGUUGUAAACUGUUGGAUGAUUGAACCAGAUCACAUUGCUAGACUGACCUUUUGCCGACCAAUACUUCUGGGAGCCCAUAGGUAUGUCCAUGUGGCUUUUCAAUAUUCAGAGGAAAGGCUCAUGGUCAAACCCUGUAGUCUGGUCAUCUGUGGUCCAGGGGAAGGGCAAACUGACCAGUAUGCACGUGCGUUUGGAGAUGCCAUUCGCAUGCUACUUUCAACCUGGGAGCCCAUGGGUAUGACUGCAGCUACCAAAUCAAAGAGGCGCUUGCAGCCAAACAAAGGCUCAUCUCUACAUAUGGAAAAUCAGCUUUCCAGUGCGCCUCCCAUCAAGCAGUGUUUGUUGGAACCAGGCUGCGUUAUACCUGCAGGCGGGACAUUUGAGUUUCUCUUAAACCAUGCCCUCCUACAACACAGCCGCAGUUGCUCAGUCCCUGAUGAGACAAACAUGGGUAUCCCUGCUGUUUCCCAGAUAUUGGCAAACGCGCUGCUGAGCGUGCCCCGCCAGAUUUACUCCCACAGUCCGCGACGUUUCCUGCAGACUCAAACCAGGCUCAUAAGUUUUACUGAAAAUCCCUCCCACCCUUUCAGCCUUGUAUACAAAAACAACAUAAUCUUCAUACAGGGUCAGGGUAACAGUGAAUAUCCUCUAGAGGAGGGUAAACAAAGCAUGCAUUGUUGUAGAGAAGCUGACUUGUCAUCAGAAGUUUUUAUGUUAGACUCGGGCCUUGAAUCCGUCUCAUGUAAAUACCAGCUGCUUCUAGCCGUUCUGCAGUGUGUCUCUAGUCUUCUCCAGGUGGACACCGUGCUGCGCACACACACUGCCUUACACACACAGUCACGCAGACUUGCAAACAUUUCCUGGGAGGGCACAGAGGAUGAAACUGAUUACUGAGAUUGUAUUGUGUCCCAAGAUGAAAUCCAUUAACAUAUUUUCUCUAAGUACUUAUAAGUAUAGUGUAGUAGUACACUAUAUAUAAACACAUAUAUGCACUUUUUAUUCUUGCCUCACUACAAUCUAUUUAUUAUAAAGCAAGCUUGUGCUUCCACUGAUAAUAAUAAUACAUUACAUUUUAUGGCAGUACUGCUUUGUGUAGUUGGAGGCCAAUAAAAUGUUGUGGUGGCUCUGUACCAUCCUGUCCUGAAUCAGGGGUAGAUUUAGCAAUAACAGUGACAAAAAAAAAAAAAUGAAAAUUCAAAUGAUUUAUUGUUAAUCUCUGUAUAGGACAAAAUGUGCAGUCGUUAUCAGAUAGUUUUGUCUUUAUCUGUUAUGUGCUAAUGUGAAGUAGUGUGGUAGUGUGAGAGUGUAAAUGUUGAUGUUGGCCUCUUUCCUCUUGAGUUCUCAUCAUGGUUCCUAUUUUUUCAGGAUUUCUCUCCCUUAUCUCAGUUUUCCUGCCCUCUUCCCUUGGCCAGUACACAUUUUGUUACGUAAAAGGCAUACACACAGAAGAACAUGGAGACCUCAUCUCACAAGUACACACGCUGCUUUUUAUAAUCAGUGUUAUCUCCAUAUUGGGAGUGGGGUGAGAGGGCAACACCCGGCUGUCAACGAGCAAAUCAGAGUCUACUUCCCUGUGCUGUUAUCAGGGGAACACUAACCCUAUUCUCACCUCUUUAUGGGGAAAUUGUGAGUCAUUAGAAAUUAACUAGACUCACUAUCAUACAUAAAUGUGUACUGUUUACUGUAAUCAGUGUGUGUCCCUAGUUGCCCUGAAUUUUCCGUGAAUUAAUUAAGAUGUGAUAACUCGGAGACAAAGACAUUUCUUGUCGUCGUUUGUGUUUUGGAUCAAACUCUACAUGAGUCACACUUGAUGGUCGCAAAUAUCAAAGAGGGCAGGGAAGCAGGGGGGAGAGUAUGCAGAAUGUUAUUUUUCCACUGAGCAUGAGGAAAGAACCACAAUGUUGUUUUCAGGCUCUUCAGGGCACCCACGCCUUCUUAACCAUUUCAUGCCCCCUGUAUCAUACCCAGCUAAAUGUAACAAGCCAAGCACUGUCAGUGUGAUAGUGUGUCAAUUCAACAGUCUGUAUUUUGUUGUACAGUUACUGAACUUUACUCAGUGACCUGCAGAGAAUUGGCCAAAUGAAAACUCCCAGUUCAUUUGACUCGUGCACUGUGUACAUGAGUGAUUACCAUAAUAUAUUACCCUAAGAAUCAUCUCUGUUAGUUUGGUUUAUUUGGCUUUCAUUAGUUUUUAUCUCUGUAAAACAUGGUGCUUAUGGUAUAAAUCAACCCAAUCUCUGUAAAAUGAGAAGGACAUUAUAAAAUACAUCAUU